AUGGCGUUCAGCUUUGCAAAUGCGGCGUCCUCUCCGUCGACCUUUGGCACAAAUAGUGGUGGCGGUGUCUCAGUGCACGAUGGCCCAGACCUAAAAGAGAUCCAGACGAAUGAGUUGGGAUUUGCGGCUCUGAACGGAGAAGCCAAAGUACGCCUUCUACCGACAGCAUGGCCAUCAGACGCCCUACCUACGCCGUCAUCAUCUUUGCUCAGCAUUGCUUCUAGCAAGAAGCUUCUAGCAGCUGCUGGCCCUGAUGCUUUAUAUCUCUACAACACUGAUAAAGUACGAGAUGCUUUUCAGUCCCCUCCAGAUGAAAAAGACGGGACAAUACGAUCUAUCCAACCGGAUUUCACGAUUCCUCAAUCUCGCGUCUCCCACAUCGCUUUCUCGUCUGAUGAUAGUGUAUUGGUAGCGUCCAGCGAGCCAGAGGGGUCUGUCGUAGCGUUCCAAGUCGACAGCAUAACCAAGGGUGCGCUCAAUCCUGCUGUGCAAGUCUCGACCAAUGGCCAGAGUCUCCGCGCAUUGGUGCCGAAUCCUGUUACAGAGCAUGCCGAGUUGUUUGCUCUCAUUCUGAAAAACGGUGAUCUCCUGCUCCUGGACCUCAAGGCUGGUUCUCUGGUAUCGGGAAGCAAUGGCCCAGUCCUAAACACCGGCUGCAGCUGUUUGUCGUGGAGCAAUCGAGGCAAGCAGCUGGUCACUGGAAGGGCAGAUGGCACGGCCUUGCAGAUGAAGCCAGACGGGACCGUCGUGGCUCAAAUACCGAAGUCUGCGUCCAUCCCAGCAGAUGUCCACAUCUCCGGCAUUUCGUGGCUUGAAAACGACACAUUUUUCAUCACCUAUACGCCUAAUGACACAAGCGACGGUAUCCAGCCAUCUGAGUAUUACAUUGUUAACCGGGAAUCUAAGACCUCAAAAUACACCUUCCAGAAGCUACCAGAGGUGCUUCCACCGUUUGGGUUACCUCGCUUGCCGACAUCACACUUGAUUGCAAGGCUACGAAAGUUCCCUCCGCACCUUGAGGACCUCCUGAUAGUUGCAAGCAGCACAUCUACCGAUGUUGGUCUACUUUCCAGGUCUGACAAACCUCUGUCACAAGAAGAUCCUGUUACCUCUGCCUUCACAUUUACAACCAUCGAAGAUGACACCCGACGGGCGCAACUUCCGUUAUCAGCUGGCAUGGAAGAUACUUCUCCGGUUGGCAUGGCUGUGGAUCUAUCGAGCUCUGAGAAAGUCCCAAACCCAAUUCCAGCUGAUGCAGAAAUUCUUGAGACCGCUGGACCUGUCCCUAGUCUCGUCGUUCUGAACAACGAAGGCUUACUGAUGUCAUGGUGGAUUAUCUACAACGACUCAGUCCGCCAGCAGACCACAUUCUCAGGCUUCGCUAACGUGCAAGCUAUCAGAGGGACAUCUGGUGAAACAGUAUCGGAAGCUUCGUCCACGGCUUCGCGGGCUACGGGCACUUUCGGCCACCUUGGCAAUCCCAGUCCGCUCACAAAGACAGAAACCAGCAGCCUUGGGGCCACAUCUCUUCAGAAUGGGUUUGGCGCUGCAUCACCGAAACCGUUCGGUACCUCUUCACCAAUCGCUGCCAACAAGCCGUCGUGGGCCACCACCGGGUUCGGAGGCCCCACGACAUCCGGCCCUUCUGGAAACUCAGCAUUUGGCGCUGCUACUCCUCUCGGCUCUGGCGCCGUCCCGGCUUUCGGCUCAGCCAGCGCAAUAGGGGCUCGACAACCAGCAUUUGGCCAAUCUUCUAGUAUGAGUGCAGGUUCUGCUUUUGGCCAGCCAUCGUCAAUUGGGGCUCCUUCAGUUUCGAGUCCUUUCGCCAGUGCAGGUGGAGCGUCAAGUAGCUCUGGCUUCGCUUCCUUCUCCAAAGGCAGUGGUUUUGCAUCCUUUGCCGGAGGCAACGCGAACAAGAGCACCCAAAGUCCAUUUUCCUCGAAGACAGGCAUAGGAUCUUUUGCCGGUUCAUCUCCCAGCCCAUUUACGGCCACAAGUGGCAACCAAACGUUCGAAUCGUCAACUAAGACUGCAUUCAGUUCAAAUCAGUCGACUUCUUCGCCGUUUGGAUUAACAAAACCAGCAGAAGGGCUUGGCUCGUUCGGCAAUGCUGGUGCUUUCAAGCUACAGUCAUCAUUCCAAGGAGAUGGUACAGCCGCAGAUGAUUUUCCCAAGCCUAAGGAAUCAAGCGGAUUCGGCUUCGGUACGGCCUUGGAUGAUAUGUUGGGUGAACCUACCAAUGCUCUGUCACCGACGCAUGACCAAGAGGCUGAGAUGGAUGAACAAAGUGCGGUUAGUGAAGCUGGGUCAGAGAAAGCACCGAGUCGCAGUGUAACCGCGCAGCCGGGACCUGCACUAUCACAGACGCUGGUGACACCCCCUUCCACCCUGAGUCAGUCGAAAGCAACGCCUGCUCCGCCGCUUUCCAACCUAUUCGGUCAACCUUCCAGAGACUCCACAACUCCGCAAGCCCCUACAUCUACACCAGGGUGGUCAUUCGGACUCAACUCCUCUACGACCCCGAAGGAAACACCGGCCGUUCACAAGACAUUGUUUGGGACGACCACAACAACGAACGAGACACCUGCUGCUGUCCAAAAGAGUCAACCGAUGAAGACUUUUGAGCAAAAGGAGGAAGCACCCCGGAUCAAAGAAGAACCUCCAAGCGACGAGGAAUCCGUCGAUAUGGAGAAUAUUCCAGAGGCCCCGCUUCCCCCAGAUCCGGUGAGCAAACCUCGUUAUGCUUCCGGAGAUACCUCGGCCUCCUCAAACGUCUCCAAAGGCUCUCCUGAUGAGGCACCAUUGCCCCCUGAUUUUCUGCCUGUACCAAAAGCUGGUCAAAGUGAUGAGGAUCAACCGGAGCUGCCAAGUGAUGAGGGCGAUGAGGACAGUGACGAUGACUUCAGCUCUGACUUUGAAGGUAGUGGCGAAGAAGUUACGGGCGAGCUUAGUCCCGGAGAGGAGAUGACAGAAGAGCAACACGAACAGUUGCAGACUUCUCCGGAAAGUUCGUUCAAGAGUGGCGGUGGCAGUUUAGAGACAAGCCCGACAGGCGGUUUGUUUACCAAGGUAACAUCCAAAGCUUUGCCACAAACAUCAAGUCGACCACUUUUUGGCGAGGUCGGCACUGGACCCAUCUUUGCUCCUCCGAAGCCUCAAGAGAGUCCUCGGUCACCCAGCCCAGUAAGACAUCUUCCCCCUAGCGAGAAGCUCAGGGCAGAGUCUUCGCGGUCUGUCAGUGCACCUGCGCAUCCUAGGUCUAUCGUUGACCAACGUAAGGCCGCAUAUCAGCAGUCCACUCUUGCUGCCCAGGCGGCCAAGACAAGAGAGGAGGAAGCAGCAAAAGAGCAAGCACGCCGCGAAGCCAUCGCUCGUCAGAAAGCGCAGGCAGAGGCAGAACAGCUCCAGCAACUCGAGGACGAUGAAGAUGAGAGGUUGAGAGAGGAACUUGAGCGACCAAUCUCACCUAGCUCGAACCUCGACGAUUUCAUCACUUAUCAGCCCAAACCGUCGGAAGAGACGUCCAAGACUGGCAUUCCUGCACAGAUCGAACGACUCUACUCUGAUAUCAAUUCAAUGGUUUUCACUUUGGGCAUAAAUCAUCGAUCACUCUCCGCCUUUCUGAAAUAUCAACAACCCGAAGCAACAAACAAAUCUUGGCCUGCUGUGUUGCAAUCUGAAACUCCCAUGGAUGCUCUCAAUGAUGAGUGGUUUUUGACCGACAUCUCACGACUUCACGAAGGACAGACCGUCCUCGCACAACUGCUUUCUGAAAGCCAGGUCGACGAUUUCAAUGGCAAAGUUCAACAGUGCCAGAACCUUAUCGGGAGGGAUCUGUUCGAGUUGCGGACAAAACUAACCUCGAUCAGGAAGACUAUUCACGCUCUUUCGUCCUCCGAACAUGGAAUCACUGCGCCUCUGUCCGCUGAACAAGCCACUCUCCAACAUGAUCUUCGCAAAGCAUUCACCGCUGUGCAGACCAAACUAGUACAGGUUGAAGAUUGCAUCUCUGUAUUGAGAGCGAAGAUUGCUCAAGCAACGCCCACGGAGACAGUCAGCAGGCGAAAUAGUAUGUUGGGGAGAGCAUCUUCACAGAAGAAGCCCACCGUGGAAGCUGUGGCGAAGACAGUUGGCAAGAUGAUGUCAAUGGCUGAACAAAAGAGUGCGGAUAUCGAUGUGCUCGAAUCCCAAUUGAAGAAAUUGGAUCUUGGACUAGCGUCCUCGACGAUCAGCACCGGAGAGGCAGUCAAGAAUCCUGCUACCCCAGUGCAUGGUCGACGAUCAGUGAAUGGUGCUUCCACUCCGGGCAGUACCGGCACUGUCUAUCACACUCCCGGAUCGGCAUUCAGCGGCAGUACUCGGUCAACUAGAAACUUCCGAGCAAGCCAGAAUGGCGGCCUAUCAUUAAUCUCAAACGAAGACAAGGAGCGUUGGAGGGCACAAGCACAGCGUAGGAAGGAGGCUGCAGGGUUACUGAAAACAGUCCUAAAAGAAAAGAGAAGACGAUCUGGUACUAAGCAAUGA